UGAUCGGACCUAGGUAUGCCGGGAGGAGGGAAUGGAUGCAGCAAGAAAGACUGGAAGGUGCAGUUAUCACUCAACUGUAGAAAAAAUGGUGAUGGGAAGUCCCGACCCCAGAGGAGCCUAAUUGAAUUGGUUGAAGCUGUUCAGUGCAGCACCAAGGUGUCAGUUUUGGAGUACACUGACUAUGGGUGCUACUGUGGCUUAGGUGGAAGUGGCUGGCCUCAGGACAAAACUGACUGGUGCUGUCAUCAUCACGACUGCUGUUACGGAAAAGCUGAGGUCGCUGGCUGCAGCCCCAAAUUGGAUCCAUACAACUUUGUGUGCAAAGACAAGCAGGUGGAAUGUGGUAAGUAGAGUAUCGGUCAGU